UAAAGUCCCACAAUGCAUCUUCCAUUACUCAGUGUCUCCUCAGAACCCUACAUCCCAGCGUCCCCAUGUCUGCCGUUCACACUUGUUUAUAACACCUCAUUUCCCUCUCUUUAUGUCCCUUAUUUAAUUCCCCUAAGCCUCCCAACCUUCCUCCCACUUCUAUACCCUCAGAUUUUCUUGCACCAUUUCCUAGUGUGCUCGUGUGCUUAUACUUUUUAAUAAUUCUCUUUCUUUUUUCUUCUUCUUCCUGCUGCUUCUGUGUCUCUAUGGCUUGUUCUGGAAGUAAUAGUGGGAAUGGGAGCGGAGGGUCAGGGUCCCCUUGUGGGGCAUGCAAGUUUCUGAGAAGGAAGUGUGCGGCUGACUGUAUAUUUGCCCCUUAUUUCUGCUCUGAACAAGGCCCUGCAAGUUUUGCUGCCAUACACAAGGUUUUUGGUGCUAGUAAUGUCUCCAAACUGCUCCUCAAUUUACCUCCCCAUGAUCGUUGUGAGGCUGUCCUCACUAUUGCCUAUGAAGCUCAGGCUCGUAUCAGAGACCCUGUUUAUGGCUGUGUCUCCCACAUUUUCGCCUUACAACAACAGGUGGCAUGCUUGCAAGCACAACUGAUGCAAGCCAAGGCGCAGUUGGCUGAGAAGAGCAUGGCGAACGAAGAGUGCUGGGGAAGGAAUGGUUAUGGGCAAGCAAUGAAUCCAAUCUAUGGGACUAGUUACACCAAUAUGAACCCUAUAUCUCCGCAGAGUUCUCUUGAUUCAAUUGAUUACAGUAGCAUCCACGAUGGAUCCAUGAAUUUGCAGCAAGAGGAUUUCUCUUUGCUGCAACCUCGCUCCAAUAAGAAAAGUUCAUCAUAUGAUAGCAAUGACCUGAGCGAGCUUCAAGAGCUAGCACUCAGAAUGAUGAGAAACUAGGCUAAUCAAUGAGCUAUUCUCUAUUAAUCUGUCUUUGUUUACGUUUUCUUCAAGGGCAUCCCUUGAUGUAUAUACUGAGAGUAUUAAUUUCCUUAACUGGUAGCAGGCUUUAAACUAGGCAUUUAGCUAUAGCUUUCUCUAUCUGUGGCUUCCAAUCCAAAACUGAUUUAAUUUUUGCACUCUUUAUAUGUGUCAAUCUCUCUCUAUCUUUUUAUCCAUAUGUCUAAGUCAUAAGUCACUGUGUUUACU